AUGAUUCCUGAAUGUCCCCGGAGCGGAGAGACAAGGAACCGAACUCAGUGCCACUAUGGCCAGGUAGCCGAACCAAACCAGAACUGUUUUGGGCUACUUUCCGAGAUCAAAACUCUUAUCAAGAAUGAACCAUUCACUGACCACUACACCAUCAUUCCGGGCAGAGAGCUCGGCAGGGGGAAGUUUGCCGUGGUGAGGAAGUGUGUGGAGAAGUGCACGGGGCAGGAGUACGCCGCCAAGUUCAUGAGGAAGAGGAGGAAGGGCCAGGACUGCAGGCUGGAGAUCAUCCACGAGGUGGCCGUUCUGGAGCUCGCCACGGCCAGCCAGCGGGUGGUCAACCUGCACCAGGUCUACGAGAUGGCCUCCGAGAUGGUGCUCGUCCUCCAGUUUGCGGCCGGAGGGGAGAUCUUUAACCAGUGUGUAGCGGAGAGGGACGAGGCCUUCAUAGAGGAGGACGUUAAGAGGCUGUUGAGACAGAUCCUAGAGGGAGUCUCCUUCCUCCACAGGAACAACGUGGUGCACCUGGACAUCAAGCCCCAGAACAUUCUGUUGACCUGCAAUGCUCCUCUGGGGGACAUUAAGAUCGUGGACUUUGGUCUGUCCAGGAUGGUGAGCAGCAGUCAGGAGCUCAGAGAGAUCAUGGGGACCCCGGAGUAUGUGGCUCCAGAAAUCCUUGAUUACGAACCAAUUAGCACAGCAACAGACAUGUGGAGUAUUGGGGUGCUGACCUAUGUGAUGCUGACCGGUACCUCUCCCUUCCUGGGGGAGGACAAGCAGGAGACCUUCCUCAACAUCUCCCAGAUCAACGUCAGUUACCAGGAGGACGAGCUGGAGCAUGUAGACCAGGCCGCCAUCGCCUUCAUCAAGCUCCUGCUCGUCAAAGAACCCCAGAACCGUGCCACAGCUGAGGAGUGCCUGCAGCACCAGUGGCUCCAGCCAAAAGAGAAAAGGGAAGCCGAGGCGACAGUAGAGGUGAAAGAGACUAUAAGCCCCACCAAGUGCACCUCUGAGCCAGCCAACCCCGAGAGCCACAUCAGGGGUGAGGAGGAGGAAGGCCCCGAAACGGAGGAGCUGAUCGUGAUGGCGGCCUACACACUGGGCCAGUGCCGCCAGUCAACAGACAAGGAGGUCAUGACCCCCGACCAGAAGGCCAUCUCCAAACGCUUCAAGUUUGAGGAGCCCUUCAGCGCCCUCCAAGAGGUUCCUGGAGAGUUCAUCUACUGAAGGACUCACACACACAUCUCAUCCUCUACACUAGGUGGUCCUGGAGAGCUAGUGGUGGUGUUGGGUCUCCCUUCUGCCCUUCACUGACACACCAGAUAAUUCAGAUCGUCACGGCCCUGAUUAGUUGCUUAGUAGAAUCAGGUGCAUUAGUGAUGGGUUGGAGCCAAAGCCUGCACCAACCAGUAGCUCGCAAAGAACCUGGGUGGAAAAACUCCUGCUCUUACAUCUAGGGAAAAGCAGUUAAACACAUUGCACUUACAAACCAGAAGAAACAUCUCACACUUUUCUAACCCACCUCACGGUCUGAAUUCGUAACCCAAACUGUUUUUUUGUCCCUUUCUUUUCAUAUACACCCUGUCGUUACUCCAGACUGAGCCUUGUUGUGACGUUACUCCAGACUGAGCCUUGUUGUGACGUUACUCCAGACUGAGCCUUGUUGUGACGUUACUCCAGACUGAGCCUUGUUGUGACAUUUCUCCAGACUGAGCCUUGUUGUGACGUUACUCCAGACUGAGCCUUGUUGUGACGUUACUCCAGACUGAGCCUUGUUGUGACGUUACUCCAGACUGAGCCUUGUUGUGACGUUACUCCAGACUGAGCCUUGUUGUGACGUUACUCCAGACUGAGCCUUGUUGUGACGUUACUCCAGACUGAGCCUUGUUGUGACGUUACUCCAGACUGAGCCUUGUUGUGACGUUACUCCAGACUGAGCCUUGUUGUGACGUUACUCCAGACUGAGCCUUGUUGUGACGUUACUCCAGACUGAGCCUUGUUGUGACGUUUCACCAGACUAAGCCUUGUUGUGACGUUUCACCAGACUAAGCCUUGUUGUGACGUUUCACCAGACUAAGCCUUGUUGUGACGUUACUCCAGACUGAGCCUUGUUGUGACGUUUCACCAGACUAAGCCUUGUUGUGACGUUUCACCAGACUAAGCCUUGUUGUGACGUUUCUCCAGACUAAGCCUUGUUGUGAUGUUUCUCCAGACUGAGCCUUGUUGUGACGUUUCUCCAGACUGAGCCUUGUUGUGAUGUUUCUCCAGACUAAGCCUUGUUGUGACGUUUCUCCAGACUGAGCCUUGUUGUGACGUUUCUCCAGACUGAGCCUUGUUGUGACGUUUCUCCAGACUGAGCCUUGUUGUGACGUUUCACCAGACUGAGCCUUGUUGUGACGUUACUCCAGACUAAGCCUUGUUGUGACGUUUCUCCAGACUAAGCCUUGUUGUGACGUUUCUCCAGACUAAGCCUUGUUGUGACGUUACUCCAGACUAAGCCUUGUUGUGACGUUACUCCAGACUAAGCCUUGUUGUGACGUUACUCCAGACUAAGCCUUGUUGUGACGUUACUCCAGACUGAGCCUUGUUGUGACAUUACUCCAGACUAAGCCUUGUUGUGACGUUACUCCAGACUGAGCCUUGUUGUGACAUUACUCCAGACUAAGCCUUGUUGUGACGUUACUCCAGACUGAGCCUUGUUGUGACGUUACUCCAGACUAAGCCUUGUUGUGAUAUUUCUCCAGACUGAGCCUUGUUGUGACGUUUCUCCAGACUAAGCCUUGUUGUGAUAUUUCUCCAGACUAAGCCUUGUUGUGACGUUUCUCCAGACUAAGCCUUGUUGUGAUAUUUCUCCAGACUAAGCCUUGUUGUGACAUUUCUCCAGACUAAGCCUUGUUGUGACGUUUCUCCAGACUAAGCCUUGUUGUGACGUUUCACCAGACUAAGCCUUGUUGUGACGUUACUCCAGACUAAGCCUUGUUGUGAUAUUUCUCCAGACUAAGCCUUGUUGUGACGUUUCACCAGACUAAGCCUUGUUGUGACGUUACUCCAGACUAAGCCUUGUUGUGAUAUUUCUCCAGACUAAGCCUUGUUGUGACAUUUCUCCAGACUAAGCCUUGUUGUGGUGCUUUGUUUUCUUUUUCUUUGGUGCCUUGCUGGGAGAAUUAGAGAAGGAAUUGCAUAUUUUUUGUCCAUGUUUUGUCUGCCAUGUAUUUUCUUUAUG